GGAUCUGGAUAAGUUCUCGCGAGAACGGGUUCACCCGGGCGAGUGGAGCGUCAAUCAGUGGGAGUUUGAAUCAGGAGCUGGGAGCCGCCAUGUUAUUUUAUUCAUUUUUCAAAUCCCUUGUUGGGAAAGAUGUGGUGGUGGAACUCAAGAAUGAUCUGAGCAUUUGCGGAACUCUACACUCCGUUGACCAGUAUCUGAACAUCAAGCUGACAGAUAUCAGUGUCACUGACCCAGAGAAAUAUCCGCACAUGCUCUCUGUGAAGAACUGCUUCAUCCGCGGUUCUGUGGUGCGUUACGUGCAGCUCCCGGCUGACGAAGUUGACACACAGCUCCUGCAGGACGCAGCGAGGAAGGAGGCCAUGCAGCAGAAGCAGUAAGGUGAACGCGAUAGUCCAACGAUUCAUGGGAGGCCGUGCCCCUGGCUGAUGUACAAGACUGCAGUUUCACACAGUGACCCACAAUUGCCAAAAGCCAAAAGAAAAUUUGAAUUCUUGCUUCAACAAGUUGGUCAUUUUGUUAAAGUAUGGCUUUUAAAUUGUAUUUUUCAUGACAUUCCACAGACAUCUGUAGCAAGAAGAAAAGGAUAGCGUGUCAAGACUGGCCAGUGGCAUCGAUGUCUGUCUCCCCCCUCCUUCUGCCUUCUCCCUCAAUAACCCUUCCCAACAUUCAGCGCCACUUUCAGCCACCAUCGGGUGUGCAUUCUGCAAAAUAUGUUCAUUCACCUGCUAUUUUUUGUUCCCACCGAAUAUUUUGAGAUUAUUUGCAAACUUGUUGAGAGGGGGAGCAGAAUUCUUCACGCCUUGGCAUCAUCAUGUCUCUGGAAUUUUUUGGUUGAAUUUAGUAACGAAAUCAUGCCCAUGAACCGAGCGGGAUGUUUUCCAGCGUGGUUGCACAUGUUCCACUUUCUUUAAAGGAGUUUGUGUGAGCACAUUGCUUGUCAUGGCUGCAGCUGCUCCUGGGGAAUCAGAAUGCAAGCGCAAAGCCGGGCAACUAUGUUGUGCAGCCUCUGCCAAUCAACAGAACUACAAGGAAAUCACGUGUUUCUUUACAUGGGGCUUGUUUCUUGGGCAAGCAUGUGGAAUUAUGUGGGUUUGUUUCUGUUAAUGCAGUUGAAAGUGCAGCCAGAAAAAGUGUUGUAAUAUUUUUUUGUAUGGUGUAUGGGAAGUAAUUUAACAUGAGGCCCCAAGUGUAUACUUGCCUGGAGCUUGUAGUCCUUGCACUGUAAAUAUUAAACAAAGCAAUUUUUGUGGCAAAUGAAGCAUGGAGCAGCUUUGUUUCUUUACUGCACCACCUUCUGCUGUAACGUCACUGUAAUUAAAGCAGAGUUUACAAAAUGGUAGACCACUUUUAUUUUGGUGGUACGUACUGGAGACAAAGCUUUUGCACAGUUUGCGGGUGGCGUGGUAGGGUUGUGCUAUUACAGUGCUAGGGUUCAAUUCUUGCCACUCUCUCUGUAAGGUGUUCGUACAUUCCCCCCAUGACUGGGUUUCCUCUGACACUCUGUAGAUGUACGGGUUGGGGUAAUGAGUUGUGGGCAUGUUAUGUUGGAGCCAGAAAUGUGCUGAUGUUUGCAGGCUGCUCCUGGUACAACCCUUGCUGAUUUUGAUUUGACAUAAAUUUCACAUUUCAUUGUUAAUGUGACUUUCUUUAAACAUGUUUACAAACCUGUUUAGAGACAGAGCAGGGACACAAGCCAAGCUACCCAAUUACAUUAACUUAGUACCCUGCAUGCAUCAUGCGGAGAACACAAAAACUCCUUACACAUAGUGGUGGCAAUUGUGAAAAUGUGGGACACCUCCCUCUCCCUUUGCCAGGGAGAGACAGAACCUGUGGGUUCCCAGAUGCCGGAUGAAUUGCGAUAGUCUUUGGGGUAACUGCAAGGUCUGUGUUUUUGCUGUCGCUUAGCUCACGCUUGCGCUUGGUAGCAGGUGUGCUUUUUGUUUU